AUCACUUCGUUUCAAUCCUUGUACUUGUACCAUUACCAAAUCCUGGCUGGCCCGUGCUCUUCCCGCCAGCUCAUCGCGUCAUACGCGUCCACCGCCACUCUCCUCCACAUUGUUCUUGUCCCAUCUCUCAACGCGCGAUCACUUGGUCCAGCGCCCACCCCUCACCGUUCCCCACACACCGCGCUCGAAGCGCUCCCCUCACACCUUACACGCACGCAUCAGCGCCUCGACACAAUGGGCCAGGCAGAGUCCUCCGUCUUCACCAACCUCGAGAAGAACUCGAACUUCUCGGCGCCCGAGCUUCUGCGCCUCAAGAAGCGCUUCAUGAAGCUCGACAAGGACGGCUCAGGAUCGAUUGACAAGGACGAGUUCCUCCAGAUUCCCCAGAUCGCAACCAACCCGCUCGCGCACCGCAUGAUUGCCAUCUUUGAUGAGGACGGCUCCGGCACCGUCGACUUCCAGGAGUUUGUGGGCGGUUUGAGCGCGUUCUCGUCAAAGGGUGGGCGUGACGAGAAGCUGCGUUUCGCGUUCAAGGUGUAUGACAUGGACCGUGACGGGUACAUUUCGAACGGCGAGCUUUACCUCGUGCUCAAGCAGAUGGUCGGCAACAACCUCAAAGACCAGCAGCUGCAGCAAAUUGUUGACAAGACGAUCAUGGAGGCGGACAAGGAUGGCGAUGGCAAGCUUUCGUUUGAGGAGUUUACCGACAUGGUGGCCAACACGGACAUUGUCAAGCAAAUGACGCUCGAGGACUUGUUCUAAGCCUCCUUUCUUCUCACUCAUUGAUACCCACGAUCGCGAUGCCACAUCAGCCUACAUGUACCAGGGCGGCACGGGUGGCCGCUGCACAUGCUCCCUCUCUCGACCUUGAUGGUGUGCUCUGAUGUCCUGCACUAACUAAUUCAACCGUCUGUUGGCGUACCAUGGACGUAUUCAUGGGUGGUAUGCCCACCUUUACCUGGUAUACCCUAUGCAGUUGAGAGUUG